AAUCAUUAAAAAUUCAAAGAAAGAAUAAAAAUACUAAUUAAAGUCAAUCAAAAGCAUAUAAUUAAUAUAUUAAUAAAUAUAAAAACAUAGUCUAAAACAAGCAAUAUAUAAGAUAUGCAAAGACGUAGAGUGCAAUCUGCAGAAAACACUAAACGAAUUUUUAGUCUAAAAGGAAGCAUUAAUGGCAAUAAUUAAUAGCAACAGCAGAAGGGUGAUUAAAAGCAAAGCUAUGAAAUACAUAUGGCUAGUUAAUAGUAGAUUCGACAAUAAAUUUUGAGGGAUUCUCUUAAUGAAAAAAGCAGUCAAUUAAAUAUCAGUGGGUAUAAUCAAAAUCACAAUGAUAAUUCUAUGAGUUUUGAAGACAGCAGAAGAAUUUCUUAUAACGUCGCUAAUUAUUAUGCAGAGCCAAAAUAAAAAAAAUAAAACUAAAAUGGUUCAAUGGAUGUUUUAAGGAACAACAAUAAUCCAAACAGCCCUCAAUCAACAGGAUAAAUUAAGCGCAAAAUCAUUAUGAAAUGUAAGGUCAGUGCCUUUCCGUAAGAUUUUUUCUCCUCAACUUAAGCUGAAACAAACAAAACAGUAGGCACCAAUGAUUUAAGCUAUUAAUUGAGAGUUAUAAAUAAAAGCGGAAAACUAUCUGAUAAGCUUGAACACUCUAAUAAUAAUAUGAAUACUAUGAAAUUCAAAGGCAAGACCAGCAACUAAAGUGGCAACGGCAUUGUUAGAUACAGCGUUGAUAGAUUAAAUAGCAGUCUAGAUCCAGCUAAUCAAGUAAUCAGAAAAUCAGAUACUAUUGAUCUUCAUACAAAAGAUAUUUUUAUUAUGAAUCAACCAAGAAAUAGUAGUCAAGCUAGCAAUUAACAUUUAAGCAUUUUGGGAGUAACUGCUAAAACUUAUUCUUAGGCUAGCGGAAUCAAUAAAUCAUAAGCAAUACCUAAGAAGCUGAAUUCACAUAAUACUUAUGCUGUAAACAACAACAUAAAAAAAUUUGAUUAGACAUAGAUUUUUUAAAAAGAUUAAAAAGAUCCAUCAAAUUUUAAAAUUUAAACACCAAAAUUCAAUAUAUUUGAAGGCAUAAAUCAAAAAUCAAAUAGUCUCUGCAUUAGUAAAAUUAAUAACUAGACUUCAAAUUUGAAAGAUUUAAUUAAAAAUUCGAAUGCCGUUAAUAAUUUUGAAUUGUAUAUAAAUCCUAAUGACUUAUCUAUUUAAAAUGAUAAUAUUCCACCAAUUGAUACAAAUAGAUCGAUUUAAAGCGAAUCUGUUAGCAAUUUACCAAACAAAAAAGGCUAAAUGACACAGUAGAUUAACAACAAGCAAAGGCCACCUAAGCCCAUACAAUAAACAAAAACAAAUAAACCAAAUUCUCAAUAAAAUAGUACAAUAUAAAAAGAUACAAGAUGUCUUUCAGCCUCAAUAGAUGUUAUUCAAAAAACAGCGUGUUUCUCUGAAUUAAUUGAUUAAAAAAGCAUAGACUCUUUUUCUAAAUAGCUUCUAUUCGAGGACUCAUGUGAUCCUCAAUUUUCUGAUUAAAAUUUUAAUAAUAUGGAAAUAGUAAAGUAAAAGUCAUAGUAAAGCAACACUUUCACGGAGAAUUAAAAUGAAUAAAAUAAUGAGCAAUAAAGUAAAAUAAAGCUAAAACAAAAAAAUUCGCUUCAAAAAUUUAUUACAUAAAAUGAUAAAAUUCCAGCAGUGUUCAGAUAGAUGUUGAUACCUAAAAAAACUAGACCAAAUUCCCACAAUAACCAGUAAAUUUAGUCAAACGAUCAAUAUAAUAUUAUGAGUUAGUUAAAAGAAAAGCUCGAAAGCAAUGCCUCUGUUACUUUAAAAGAGCUAGAUUAAAUGUUUGAUGAUUCAUCUAAGUAAGAUGAUAUAGGAUCAUAUUCCAUUCAGUCCAAUAAAGAAAUUAUGUUAGCUCCUCCUCUUCCUAUUGAUAAUUAGCCCUAAUAUUAAAGUAAUAAAACAAACUAGAAUAUAAAAAGGCUUGAAAAUACUUUGUAUUAAAUAAAUCAAGACCCUCUUUACAAUAAAAUAUAUCGUCAAAAUAAUAUUUAUAAUACUUAAGAUAUGAAUAAAAACCCAAUAAGCUAAGCAAAAUGCAUUAUUAAAAGAAGAAGUUAUAGUCUGUAAAAGCACGAUAAAAGCCUUGCUCAAGCUCAAGCAAACUCAACAAUAUCUCACAUCAAUAGGAAUCUUUUACAUUCAAAUUCAAAGAGUUAAGAACAUCUACACAGUAGUUAUAAAAAGAAUUAGAGCAAAAUGGAUGAAUUAGAAUUUAGCUUUAGCAAAAUUGGAAAUAAGUAGAAUAUAAGAAACACUGAUAAAGAAAAUAGUUAAUUUUCCCACUUAGAUUAACCUAAAUAAGAAAAAGAUAAUGAUAAAAAUGUAAUUAUGGAUAGCACAUUUAAUCCAAAUUACUUUAAAGAUAAAUCCUGGGUAGAUAAAAAUAAUAUCAAAAACAGUAAUAACAUAAAUAAACAAAAUUUAGUAUCAAAAGGAUAAUUCUAGAAAUAGAGCUUCAAUAAUAAAGAAAACAUCUGUAGAGAGUAUUAAUACCAAAAUCUAUUAAAUUCUUCUAUAAAUAACCAAAAAAAAUAACUUCUUGGAACAAAAAGAAUGAUUCUUGAUGCAAAAACAGUUAAUUAAUCUUUUCAUACUUAGUUAAUGAAAAUUUAAAUUAACUAAGAAAACUUGUUAAAUAGUAACUACUUCUAAAAUGUAAAUAAUAAAUGA